UCAGGGGGCGCUGUAAUCAAGAUGGACGAACACAUAGUGGAACGAGAUCUACCAGCUGCCAUUGGACUGUUGAAGGACAUCAAGGAUAAGGCUGGGGAUGCUGUACAACAUGUCACCACAUUACUCCAGAGGGUUAAAGACGGAGAGUUCGACACUUCAAAAGGGGUGAGUUUCCUGGAAGUGAAGUACCAGAUGCUCCUGAGUUACCUCACAAACCUCACGUUCGUUCUGUUGAAGAAGACAUCAGGACAGUCAAUAGAAAGGGAUGCCAGUAUAGAAAGGCUUGUGGAAAUCAGAACGGUAUUGGAGAAGAUGAGACCCAUAGAUCAGAAGUUGAAGUAUCAGGUGGAUAAACUUAUCAAAACAGCAACAACAGGAGCUUCAGAUGCCAGUGAUCCCCUUAGAUUUAAAGCCAACCCACAGAACCUCGUGAGCAAGCUUGACGAAGAAGCAUCAGAAAGCGACUCAGCUAAUGAGGAAAAGCCUACCAAAUCAAAAGCUUACGUUGCACCCAAACUGGCACCUGUUCACUACACUGGAGACGAGACAGCCAUAGAUCGACAACAGCGCCAGGCAGAGCGUGCCAUGAAGAGAGCACUCAGUAGCAACAUGCUACGGGACCUGAAGGACCAGUACUAUGACGGUCCAGAGGAAGUGAAGGAGUCUACAGACCUGCACAGAAUGUCAGAAAACAAGAAGGCAAAGGAAAGGCUUGAAUAUGAGGAAGCUAAUUUCUUGAGGUUACCAAUGACGAAGAAGGAGAAGGCUGCCAUGAAGAGUGUACAGACAAUGUCGACACUGAAUAUGGUCACAGACUUCGAUGACAUUAGAGCCCUGGCUGGGGGUGAGAGAAGAAAGUCAGACCAGGGUGGGAAGAAAAGGAAAGGCUCAAUGGGUAAAAAAGGAAAGAAGAAAGGCUCCAAGAAGAGGAAGCGACACCAGUGAACCUUAGAGAUUGUGAUAUGUAUAUAAAACACCUAAAGAUAA